UUUACGUCAUACACCGGAAAUAGUUGAGAAGACACCCGGACAUUUCUUUUGUACACCGUCGGAAUCUAGUUUUGUAUAAUUUUCUAGAAUUCCUAAAACAGCAAACUCCCAAUUUGCUGUUUUAGCUUUUCAUACUGGUUAUUAAGUGGUCUAUUAUUAAGCUGUAACUCAGAGAUAUUGCUUAACUUACCUGGGAUAUUUUAAGGAAACGGGAGGGCUAUCUGUAGUCGUCUCUGGGCUAGGCUACUAUUAGCCUAGCAUUUAACUCUUGCUAGCUAAUAACUUCUGUUUAUGUUGCUUGUCAGAGCAGCUGGGAUAAAAUAUCAACUGUUCAGACUCAAAUUAUUAUUUAGAGCGAUUUAAAUACACGUCCAAGAAAUAUGGCGGUUGUCAACGAAAGCGCUCUGAAGAAAAUGCUGAAGCAAUAUAAAUACAGAGAUCUUACUGUUCGGGAGAUUACCAACGUCAUCUCCCAAUACAAGGACCUGAAGCCGGUUAUGGAUGCUUAUGUGUUUAAUGACGGUACAUCGAGAGACCUAAUGAGCUUGACUGGGACUGUCCCUGUGAGUUAUAGAGGCAACGUCUACAACAUCCCAGUGUGUUUGUGGCUGCUGGACACAUAUCCAUAUAACCCCCCUAUAUGUUUUGUAAAACCAACCAGUACCAUGAUGAUUAAGACGGGCAAGCACAUUGAUGCCAAUGGCAAAAUUUACCUCCCUUAUCUGCAUGAGUGGAAACAUCCUCAGUCAGACCUUUAUGGCCUGAUUCAGGUGAUGAUUGUCGUGUUUGGAGAGGAGCCACCUGUGUUUUCCCGUCCCACCACACAACCCCCCUUCCCAAGCUUUCAAGCAGCUGGACCCCCGAACUCUUCCUAUAUGCCUGGAAUGCCUGCAGUCUCACCCUAUGGGCCAAAUCCCAAUCCAGGAGGUUACCCAGCUUACCAGUACCCUGCUGGGAACUCUUAUCCAGCCACAGCUGGACCUGGACUCUAUCCAACUCAGACUCCAGUCUCCACAGUGGGGCCAACCAGGGAUGGCACCAUUGGCGAAGACACCAUUCGCGCAUCUCUGAUUUCAGCCGUAAGUGACAAACUUCGCUGGAGGAUGAAGGAAGAGAUGGACAGAGCUCAGGCAGAGCUGGAUGCCCUGAAGCGAACGGAGGAAGAUCUGAAGAAAGGGCAUCAGAAGCUGGAGGAGAUGAUCUCCAGACUUGACCAGGAAGUGACUGAUGUUGACAGGAACAUUGAGCUGCUGAAGAAAAAGGAUGAGGAAUUAACCGAAGCCCUGGAGAAAAUGGAGAACCAAUCAGAGAACAAUGAUAUAGAUGAUGUCAUUGUGCCCACAGCUCCUCUGUACAAGCAGAUUCUGAAUCUGUAUGCAGAAGAAAAUGCAAUUGAAGAUACCAUCUUCUACCUGGGAGAGGCCCUGCGCAGAGGUGUCAUAGAUCUGGAGGUUUUCCUCAAGCAUGUGCGCCUUCUGUCCAGGAAACAGUUCCAGCUUCGAGCUCUAAUGCAGAAAGCUCGUAAGACCGCUGGACUAAGUGACCUGUACUGACCCACAAUGACCGCUCAGAAACAUGCGUAUAUUCACACUCCUACUCUUCUUUCUGCUGUUUAUUUCCUUUCUACAGUCUUCUUGUAUACCAACCAGCUGCCUCUUUUUAACAAAAAAAGCAUUUAUGAAGAAUUCUGUAAUGUCUCAAUGUGGCCUCUUUUAUAUUUGGCGCCAUGUUAGGUCACAAACACAAUCCAGAUGAUCAGCAAUUACUUUGAUUUCAUAAAAAAAAACUGGUACCUUUGUGAAUUUCAUUGUGUGGUUGAUUUAGGAAGCUGUUUGACACACAUGAGCGAUUGGUGUACUACAAGUUCAAGCCUGUGUGUACAGUGCAUGCAGCUUCUACGACAGUAAUGUUGAUGCUGCAGUUGACACUGGUGAUUUGUAUACAGCAUCCUGCACUCCAUCCAUUAAUAAAUUUUGUCAUUUUGGUGAACUAGAUAUUUUGUCUGGUUAGCAUCGAUAAUAUUAGGGAACGAUUGCUUGAACAAGUUUUGGAGUUCUGUUCCUUUCCCCACACAAAUAUUUAUGUUUCUAAGCCAGAAACAUCCACAGAGGGUCCCCUAAAUGACAUGGGCCAGGCCUCAAGUUGUGGGUCGUGUUUUGUAAUCUUGGAAUCAUAGGGAUAAUUUUUACACAGUGAAGUUCAUAACCUACAUGGACUUUCUGUCACAUAUGGGUGAGUUACUGAGGUUCAGUUUUAGCUCCACACCAUCUUAUCCUCUACAUUUUCUCCUUCUGUUAGUCCAAAGGUUUUAGAUUAUGUCUCAAACCCAGGCUUACACAUCAGUUUGAGUGCAUUGAAAAGUCGUUUAAGUUAAGUAGUUGUUUCACUUUGUACAGCCUUGGCAUUUGUAAUAUUAAGGUAUUUUCUCUUUAUGUUUACUUUUUGGUUGGUAUCCACUUAUGCUCAGACCUGCUGAGAGCAUUAGGUUUUCACUAAAAGGUUGUGAAUAACAUUGAGGGCUAAAGGGUACAAAAAGAACUAUCAAACUAAUCAAUAUAUUAUGUUAUGUAAAGUUUUGUCUUUUAAAUUAGCCUUUUACUAAAUGCACUUUGAAUUGUAUCAUAGAAUCUUAUUUUUCUUGUUUUCAAUUCAACCAUAGACCACCUGUUCUUUUAUAUCUGUAGAUUUAUGUAAAGCAUUAAAAAUUAAAGUUGAUUUAAUGAAU